CUUUGACGUAAUGAUCCCACGAGUUGCUGGCCCGCGGCCUCAGCUGAAGUCUUCUGAAUUUGCCAGGUAAAGAUGGCAGCGUCCGUGUGUCGAGCCGGGAGUCAACUGGGGCGAGCUCUCGCCAAAACCCGUGGUCCACUUUUGCUGUCAUUGAGACGUGGUCAGGCCUCGGUCUCCUACGCUCAGAGCAUCUUGGGAGCACCCGACACUCAAGUGACCCCUCUUGAAAAUGGUCUUAGGGUGGCAUCAGAGGAGACCGGUCAGGCCACAUGCACGGUUGGCUUGUGGAUAAGCUGUGGAAGUCGCUAUGAGUCUGAGAAGAACAAUGGUGCAGGGUUUUUGUUGGAACACAUGGCCUUCAAGGGAACAAAACAGCACCCUCAGAGUGCCCUGGAGGCAGAGGUUGAGGCUAUGGGAGCCCACUUGAGCGCAUACACCUCCCGGGAGCACACCGCAUACUAUAUGAAGACCUUGGCCAAGGACUUGCCCAAAGCUGUGGAGCUGCUGUCUGAGGUGGUCCAGAGCAGCUCGCUGAACGAGGCCGACCUGGAGCAGCAGAGGAGCGUGGUGCUGCGCGAGCUGGAGGAAGUGGAGUCCAGCCUGCAGGACGUGUGCCUGGACCUGCUGCACGCCACCGCCUUCCAGGGCACCCCGCUGGGGCACAGCGUGCUCGGACCGUCCGUCAACGCCAGAACCCUGUCUCGUCAGGACCUGGUUGAGUACAUCAGCAGCCACUAUAAGGCUCCCCGCAUGGUGCUGGCUGCCGCUGGAGGAGUGAAGCACGACGAGCUGGUGGGUCUGGCUAAGAAGCACUUCAGCAGCAUCUCCUUUGAGUAUGAGGACGACGCCCCGCCAGUGCUGUCUCCCUGCCGCUUCACAGGAAGUGAGAUCCGCAUGCGUGACGACGGAAUGCCCCUUGCGCACGUCGCCAUCGCAGUAGAGGGAGCAGGCACCGACAGCCCAGACAUAGUGCCUCUCAUGGUGGCCAACAGCAUCAUCGGCAGCUACGACAUCACUUUUGGUGGAGGAAAGCACCUCAGCAGUCGUCUGGCGAGGUUGUCGGCUGAGUUGGGCCUGUGCCAGAGCUUCCAAGCCUUCCAUUCCACCUAUAGCGAUACAGGCCUGCUGGGAAUCUACUUCGUCACCGACAAGCACAACAUUGAGGACAUGAUGCAUUGGUCCCAGAACGCCUGGAUGAACCUGUGCACCACAGUCACCGAUAGUGAUGUCGCCCGUGCUAAGAACGUUCUCAAGGCCAGCCUGGUGGGACAGCUGAACGGCACGACGCCCAUGUGUGAUGACAUCGGCAGGCAUGUUCUGAACUACGGCCGCCGCAUCCCCCUUGCCGAGUGGGACGCCAGGAUUGAUGAAGUGACACCCCGGUUGGUCCGUGAUGUGUGUUCCAAAUAUAUCUACGACAAGUGUCCCGCCGUGGCCGCAGUUGGCCCCGUGGAGCAGCUGCCCGACUACAACAGGAUGCGCAGUGCCAUGUACUGGCUCCGCUUCUAAGCAAGCCCUGAAGAUCAGAGCAUUUGUUUCUCCUCAUGUUGCCGUCAAGCUCACACUUUUUUCCCCUUCUUUCUUUCUCUCUCGCUCUCUCUCUCACUGAAUCCCUCCAAGUCCAUCCUCCUGAUCCACCCUCUCCUAUCUAACUGUGAAGUAGAGAGGUUAACAUCAGUGAUAUAAGUCUGAACAAAACCAGAAAAAUGUGUUCCUCCUCCUCCCCCACCCCCCCUGUUUCCCUCAUUUGGUUACUGCCUUUCCAUCUUUGUAUGAUGGCAAAGAAGUGACAUAGAACUUGAAGUGUGCGUCGGCUGCGUAAAGCAUGCAAAGUUUUGGUUGUUUUUGUUUCAUUUUCCACCAACCACCAGUCAUUACCUCACUACAAUGAUUGUACGUCCUGACAACCGGCUUGAUAUCAAUAAGGUACAUUCAUUCAGAGCUAGGCAUGAUGACGAGGGAGGGAGAAGGGGACACGCGGCACAUUCAGUAACCAUUUAAUAAACAGAAGCGAUCAUCAAGCCACUGCGACAGUCUCACAUGGAGCCAAACUAUUUAUGAUCUGAUGUGACGUUUUGUUUCUGUGUUCUAUUGUACAUAACAGAAGCUCUCAUUCCAAUAAAAUACUUUGAAAUGGAA